AGCCAUAAUUAACCAGGCUCUUUAAUUACCUAAAAUAAGAUCAUAGAAAUGCAAUUGACUAGUAUACUUACUUUAUGUGUAUAUAUUUACAGGUAGAUAGUCCACAUGGUUGCUUCUUGCCAUUUUUACUUGUUUCCCAUGUCUUCUGGAAUCAAAUUGCAGCAAAACUUUAUUGCUAAAGCAAAUCACUGGGUUAGAGGAGAGGGCUAAGAAAUUACAAGUUCUGAAUUUGAAGCUCUUUCAUCCCUGUGCUUUACCCUUGAGAGAGUGAAUCUCCAAAACCUGACCCAUUUAGUUAAAAACAGCUUUCGGUGCAAGUUGGUACUAGUUUGCAAUUAACAAACAUCUUGUGCCCAAACAUAUUCUAGCUAAAUAUUCUGGCUUUACCGACCUGCAGCUUACCAUCCAAAGUUGAAGGGGGAAGGAAAGCCACCUGACAGAUCCUCAUCUUCCUAGAGGUUGCAGAAUCUGUAGAAAGUCACCAAAGUCAUCACAGGCAGUUCUCCUGAAAAACAUCAAUCUGAGAUGAUUUUCAGGAGAGCAGCUUGUAUGUUCCUGGGCUGUCUUGGAAUAGCUCAGCAAACCAGAAAAACUGUCACUGCACCUGCUGAGGGUUCUGAAUCACCGUCUUCUUCUUUGUCAUCAUCAGAUCAAUUUGCUGGCAUAUCAAGGAUCAGACUGAGUGAUGGGAGGCACCUGGCUUACAGAGAGAGGGGAGUUCCCAAGAACAAAUCUAACUACAAAGUCAUUAUAGUUCAUGGAUUUGGAAGCUCUAAAGAAAUGAACUUUUUGGCAUCCCAGGACCUAAUGGAAGAGCUCGGGAUAUAUCUUCUAUUUUAUGACCGAGCUGGGUAUGGAGAAAGUGAUCCAAAUUCAAGCCGUUCACUGAAAACUGAAGCAUCUGACAUUGAAGAACUUGCUGAUCAGCUGCAAUUAGGAUCCAGGUUCUAUAUAAUUGGAGUCUCACUUGGAUCUUACCCCACAUGGAGUUGCCUCAAAAGGAUACCAGACAGGCUAGCAGGGGUGGCGCUCGUGGUUCCAAUGAUUAGUUACAAUUGGCCUUCUCUUCCUUAUGAUCUGAUAAAGGACGACUACAGGAAGAAUCUAUCACAGUGGACACUUCGAGUUGCACGGUACACACCUGGACUACUGUACUGGUGGUUCACUCAGAAAAUUUUCCCCUCUUCUUCUGUCAUCGAAAGAAACCCAAAAUUCUUUAGCAACAAAGACAUGGAGGUCUUGAAGAAUAGCCCAGCAUAUCAAUUGUUCAAUCAGAAUAAGUUGACGCAGCCUGGUGUUUUUGACUCCCUCCGCCAUGAUUUUAUUGUGGCUUUUAGCAAGUGGGACUUUGAUCCACUGAACUUAAAAAAUCCAUACACUAAAAACGAAAGCUCUGUUCACAUCUGGCAAGGUUAUGAAGACAAGGUUGUGCCUGUUCAAUUACAAAGACACAUCUCAAGAAAGUUACCCUGGAUUCGGUAUCAUGAAGUUCCAGAUGGUGGACAUUUACUUGUGUAUGACAGGGCUACAUGCGAAGCCAUUUUAAAGUCUCUGUUGCUUGGAGAAGACCCCCCACUCUACCGACCUAAAGUGACCGAUUAAUUGUUCAUGUCCUUAUCAUCAGAAUGGUGAUACUGUCAUUGAAUUGUUUGUAUAGAAUGACCAAGCAUGUGCUACAUUUCUUUCAAGAAAGUUCCCAAGCGUGUAUUUUUCUGUAUUUGGAUGUUGCAUUAUAAAUUUGACAAUCCGCCAAA